AUAAAUAUAUAAAUGUGAAAUGUUCUGUUAGAUAUAACUCUAUUUUGCAAUUGAUAUUUUACCGAAAUAUAUAAGAGCAAUAUCGGUAACUGUAAAAGUGCAAUAAGAUCAGUUUUUUUCAUGGGAAUUGUUAGUAGUAGUUUUAAUUAUAUUUUUUUAAAUUAAGCCUGUUUGAUAUGGCUCUUUCUAACUAUUAAAUGACAUGCAAAUUCGUAGAUGAUAUUGUUUUACUAUCUUAUAUUGUUUUCACGGGGUAGUUGUAUCAUUGUGGCACAUACACUGUACCCUUUCUUUUUCAUAUUGAACAAAUCAAAAUUAUUGUAAGGGGUCUUAGUGCGGGCUGGGGGACAAAAUGGAUUAAAGCUACUAGUAUGAGUUCAAUACAAUUCUCAGGUCUAUGAGAUGGACUAAAAUACCAAAUUAAUAUGCAAAAAAGAUAAAACUUUUCCAUUUCAUAUAAUACUGAUAAUUUUCAUACCAAGUUGAUAAUGCUAAAUACUAAAUAUUGAUUGUUUGUAUAUGUAUAUGUUGUAAAAUAUAAUAAUAUGUUACCCAUAUAUAAACUAAAUGUAUUAUUUAGGUAAUGGCGUAUACAUCUCUGCUCCAGAGUGAUUUCAAUGAAUCCUUAGGACUAGGAUGUGAAGUUUUGUUAGAUGAUAACUGCACAGCCGAUUUGAAUAAUAACAAAAGUGUUGAUCAGGAGGAAACUAUCGAAAUAUCCGACUACGUACCAGUAAUAUCUACAAAUGAGUAUAUGGAUAUCGAGCCAGCUAUAUCUACACAUGACCUAUCCAACAUACAUGUGGAUGUACUCAUAUCUACUGGUGAACAUUCCAACAUUGAACCAUCACCUUCGACUGAAGCCAAGGAAGUACACUGUGAUGUUUGUAAUAAAACGUUCUCAACCAAAGCCAACCUUAAAAGACACAUUCGGAGACACAAUGGUUCCAUGUUGGAAUGUUCAGAGUGCAGUAAGCAGUUUGAUACAAAAUAUCAUUUAGAGAACCAUAGAAAGCUAUCACAUACUGCUUUUAAUUAUAAAUGUUCCAAGUGUCCUAAAACUUUUAAAUCAAAAGUUGGACUUAAGAACCAUGAAAACCAGCAUAUUAAACGCUUUAAAUAUUUAUGUCCCCAAUGUGGUAAAGGAUUUAACUAUACGGCGGAUAUUAAAGGACACAAAUCCAUGCAUGAGGGAACAAAACCACACAGUUGUGAUAAGUGUGGGGCAAAGUUUACCAAUAUUAGAAACAAAAGAAGGCAUGUAUUCAGCUGCGGUGUAAAAGUGAAGGGAUCAAACUGUGAUAUUUGUAACAAAUCAUUCAAAUGCCCGAGAUAUUUGACAUCUAGCAUACCAAAGGACACGAAAAUCCAGAAAGAUUCCAAUGCUCUACUUGUGGAACAUUCUAUAAAUUUAGAGCCUCUCUGUACAAGCAUUCCAAGAAAACUGGGCAUAAUUAAUUACGUGUGUGUUUUUGCACAAAGGGAUUGUGCAAGUCUUAAAGCAUCGAUUUGUUGUGACAAAUGUAUAUUUUUUAAAGACUUGUUUUAUAUGAACAUACUGCUUGUAUCGCCGUGA